AUGAAACGCCUUCUUGUACUCGCCAUCAUUGGCGUGACUGGUGUUGUCUGCCAGUCCGCGCACAACACAGCCGACUUCUCGUAUCAAGGCUGCUCUUCUAUUGACCUGGCCUGCUUCGGAGAGCCAAUUGCGUUUUCUGAUAGCCCCGUGGCUCCCGAAACCUGUCAAGCUGCAUGCCGCGGUCACCAGUUUGCCGCGGUCCUUCCUGACUGCUGCCGAUGUGGCGAUGAUCCAAAUGGCGUUCACCCAGCCGACGAGGCAAAGUGUGACUACCCUUGCCUGGGAGACAGCACCCGCGGCAUGUGUGGAAGCAUUUGCCCAGAGAACUCGCCUGUCAUCGCCAACGUCUACACACGAGUCACACCGAGCCAAGGCCAGACAUACGGAGACCCAGCCAAUGUUCAGUCUUCUGUUGCUGCAGCUGAAACUCCGUGCCCAUCUGCCGGUGCUUCGUCAGUUGAAGAGUCUUCUCAAUCUCCCCAGCGUGUUACGCCUGCCGGACCAGCACCAGAAGCACCGACGUCAUUCGGAAACCCUGUAACUGGAAAUUCUGCGGCUACGGAUAUGCCAACCACCGAGGACCCAAACACUCAGGGUGCCCAGGGACCUCCAUGCACGACUCAAGGCAAUCCAGGAGUGAGCACACCUUCACAGGGUCCUCUGACACCGCCCGGUAAUGCUCCAGAGCCCAAGACGUUCUCUGCUCCAAAUCAACAAUCUCCCAGCACGACACCGUCUUCCAACGCACCAAGCUACUCGUCGAAUUGCCAGUCGUCUCAGCCAGGUUCCUACUCUGACGAGAAUGGCCCAGGUACUCCAGGUGGAAGCCCUGGCGGGGACACAUCGGUGGACAACUGUGACCCUCCUGGCGGCCCGAGUCUCUCGCCUGUCGUUUCUCAGACCACUCUUUGGCCAUGGCCAAGCAAGAAGCCCGAGGGCGAUCCCCCGGCCCCCUCGCAUGUUCCAGCUUCGAACUCGCCAUGCGGAGUUGUUCCUCCCCUUUCGAGCAUUGGAGGAUUUAUCUUGUUGGCGGCAAUGAUCAUGUAA